UCGUUAUGGUGAUGUCACGGGUGGGCGGAGCCGAGCGAGAUCUGCUGCAUCUGGUACGCUUACGUGAUCGCGCGGUUCCCGGGGAUGCAACCACAAAUUUAACAUCGGUUUCUUUAACGCCUUGAAAUUAAUCACGACGCCGGGGCCGACGAAACGAUUGUUGAGGACCUGAUUUGCCAUGGCUGAGCAGCAGAGGCAGCGCACUCUCUCCACCUCUGGAGAAUCACUCUAUCAUGUGCUGGGUGUCGACAAAGUGGCCACUGUCGAUGACAUCAAGAAGUCAUACAGGAAAUUGGCAUUGAAAUAUCACCCUGACAAGAAUCCUGACAACCCUGAGGCAGCUGAUAAGUUCAAAGAGAUAAACAAUGCCCAUGCCAUCCUUAAUGACCCGACAAAGAGAAACAUCUAUGAUAAGUACGGCUCUCUGGGACUUUAUGUGGCUGAACAGUUUGGAGAAGAGAACGUCAACACUUACUUUGUCCUAUCCAGCUGGUGGGCCAAGGCUCUGUUUAUUUUCUGUGGCCUGGCUACUGGCUGCUACUUCUGCUGUUGCCUGUGCUGCUGUUGUAACUGCUGCUGUGGGAAGUGUAAACCACGGCCACCGGAGGGACAGGAACAGGAAUUCUACGUUUCCCCUGAGGACUUAGAGGCCCAACUGCAGUCGGACGAGAGAGAGGCAGGUGGAGGUGAGCCCAUCGUGAUGCAGCCCUCGUCUGCCACAGAAACCACCCAGCUAACGUCUGACGGUUACCAUACUACUUACCACACUGACACCGGCUUCAAUUAAAUGCCCCGAUCUCUCCACCCUCACCCUGUGGAUUCUCUCUCACCACUCUGCGCCAUCUCUCAGAGAGAAAAAAAAAAAUGAAUGGAAAGAAUUCUUCAACUACAACAAAAAAAAGCCUGUUUUUGAGAGGAGGAAAGCCAGCGAUGGAGCUGAAUUCUUUAGCGCAUCCUGUCCCCGAUUCACGCACCACUUCCAUCUCCCACACAAGAGUGGCUCACAUCCGCCUCACUGUACCGUAGCUUAAAAAACAAGCUUAAGAAAAAAAAGAUUAAAAAAGAUCCCGUCGUUUACCCUGAUCUCUUUGUUGCCUUUGACCUCCGAUCUUGCCUUCCACUCAUUCCCUCGCUCCUCCGGCCAGAUUUGCUCGUCGUCCUGUGGCAUGCACUGUUCCUUGACUUCGUUUAAUGAAUUUUUCGCAGUUUUUGCUAUAUUUAUUGACAUGAAAUGUUUGUUCCCAUUUAUAAGUACUUGAGUGUGGUUUAAAGUUGACUCCGUGAACUUGCCAUAGGUGUUCGAAGACUAGCGCUAAGAAACAACAGGAAUAUAUUUCAUUUUUAAAAUCUCAAAUAUUCAGUUCGCAUACCUUGCCAAUCUUCCUGGUUUACCGUAGUUUGUCCCUGUAGGCAAUUUUAUCUGCUUUGCGUCACUUGAUUGAGUUUCGGUUUUAAAAAAUUCACAGCAGCGUUCAGCAUUAACUGUAUCCUUUGGAUUGCCUCGCUUUGUUUAUUCAUACUUAAUGUUGUUUUUUGUUUUAAUACAGCAUUUUUUUUCGAGAGAGAGAUACAAAUGAUGCAAUUGAUAAUAUGCCAUUUCUUCUUAGCAUUUUGCUCAUCUACAUCUGGGUGUUGGUGUUUCUGUCUCAUUCUGAGGACCAUUUGCAACAAGCUGAGCCAAACUUAGGAUUCUUCUCUAUAUAUGGAAUGGAUUUAACUGUCAUCUCUGUGUAGUGUGUAGGUUGUUCAUUGAUGUGCGAUAACAUGUUUGGGCUCUCAGCUUUGGUCUUAGUGUUAAGCUCAGUUUGGCCCACUUGUGUCUCUUUUCUCCAGUCAAAGAGGAAGAGUGAACACAUUAACUCCCAUAGUGUCAUAUCACAGUGAGUGUGUACGUACGGUGUAAACUAUAACAGACGAGACAUUUUUUAUAUAGAUAUACAAUCUACACACAUCACAUGUAUGUACAAUAUGUGUAUAUUUUGGUCAUUUUUAUAUUUUAGUUGUUGCUGCGUAUAGUUGAGAUAACUUUUCUCUGUGUCUCUGGUCAUGGACUCUUGCGGUCACUUGAACUUCCCAUGCCAAGACGUAUUGUCUAUUGUGAGAUAUGCUUGUAUUUUGAAGACAGUAAUUCCUGAGCGGUAGUGAUUUAUGAGGUUUGUUCAUCAGAUUUAUCUAUUGAAGUGGCAAAGAUAUUUUAACACUACACUCUGGAUCUGGAUACAUGUUCAAAGUCCAGUCUCCCAAAACCUGAAAGGAAAUUAAUAGACAAUAAUGAUAAUGACUUCGUCUGGAUUUCAGCAUUUAGUUUGCUAAUUUCAUUUAUUAGCAUUUACUUACACAAACUUUUUAAUUACAGUAGUGGUAAAGGGAUUGUUCUGUUCAGUAAUACGGAUAUAUUCUUAGUCUGAAAAACAGGCUUUUUCACAGUGCAGGACUGCGUGUGAGAUUUAUUUGAACUUGGUUGAUGCGCUUUCCUUUAUUUUGUUACAUUUUUUUGUAAAUGUGUUGAAGGUCAUUUGAGCAGCGGAGAUGUAAUGCUGUAACACUAGAAUUUAUUUGAUAUAUUCUCCUCUGAGCUGCCUCAGAGAUGUGGCAUUAUCCCUCAAAAGAUUGAACUAUUUUUGUGUCAUAUAGCCUAGUUAAGUGAUAUGAUCCUUAAACUUCAUUGUUUUGCUCUUGAUUAUGUUUACACUUUGUUUUCUGUGAAAUUGUGAAAAAGAUGAUGAUGUGUGUGUAUGUGCGUUUGUGUGUGUGUGUGUGUGUGUGUGUGGCGAUGUCACCAACAGCUAAAAGGGUCUGAGUCGCCUCAACACACACCAUCAGUUCCCUCUUCAAGUAAAGUGCUUUAAUAACCUUCUUAUACCAAACCUGAUUUUCUGAAUCUGCAAUUACAAAUACUAAGAUGACCAUCAAUGCCAUAUUAACUCAUGCUUUCUACUCGCUGCCUGUUUACGUAGGCAGGUCAGAAUUUUGUUUGUCAUCUGUCUGCCCUUGUUUUCCAUGUCAGCUUUAACUAAAGCCGUAUACAAAUGUCACCAGCCAUGUUUGUUCACUUUUCUAGUUACUUUUCAAAAGCCAAUGAUUUUUCAUCGAAUUGUUUACAUUUCAUUAUGGAGUACAAUGCUAUCUUCAGUCACUAUCUGCUCUCUUUCUCCUCUCUCUCUUACUCUCUUUCUCAUUCCCUUGUUCCAAUGCUCUAGAUGGUUUUUAAUGGAUGUUAGCCUCUGUGGUCUUUUUUCCCCCCUGUGCAUCUAUCUGUAUCAGAACUACACUCAUAUAAAGAGUAUGGCUUAGUCAUUAAAAUGUUGGAUUUUAUGUUGAAUGAACCUUGCUUAAAGGAGAAAAAAAUAAAAUAUACUGGAGAAAAAUGGUCAGGAAAUUGUUGCAUAUUAUGUCUUCAGAAAGAAGAGACAUUGUUUUGUGUAAUUAUAGUGAAAUGGUAAUUUUAUGCAUUUUUUAUUUUAUUUAAGAUCUUAUUUUGUCAUGUUUAUAAUGAACUGUCCUUGUUUCAAAUGGUAUGUUACAUGAAUUUGACUCUGAAACUAUGCUACUCAUAGUUCUAUAGUGAAGGUCUCUUGUACAUACACUGAAUUAUUAAAAAGAAUAAUAUUAGACCUUUAUGUUGUAGCAUGGUUAUUGUAUGACUAAAAGGAAAAAAAAACAUUUAUUUGCUGGUGUAAAAUAAAUGUUUAUAAACA